AUGAUAAUACUGAUACUAGUGCACUUCAUCACUCUCCCAGCACUGACGUCACGAGCUAACGGAGACACAAUGGAAGACAAAACACAACCGUUGAUAAGUUCCAGAGUGGUUCGGACUAAAUACGGUGAUAUACGAGGCUUUAUAGUUACUCCAGAAUCGAGGUUUCUAGAACCCGUGGAAGUAUUCCGAGGAAUACCUUACGCGUCACCUCCCGUUGGUUCGUUACGUUUCAUGCCGCCGGUAUCGGGAGCCCAAUGGUCUGGAGUUAAAAUAGCUGAAGAAUUUAGCCCAGUUUGUCCACAAGUACUCCCUGAUGUACGUAAUGAAACGGCUGUACUGAAACGAAUAUCGAAAGGGCGAUUGGAGUAUUUGAAGAGGAUUUUGCCGUUUCUUACUAAUCAGUCGGAAGAUUGUCUUUAUUUAAAUAUUUAUGCACCGGCUCAAGGUUAG